ACCGCCCCGCCGCGGGAUCAAAUACGCCACCCCCGUCCGGCCACUCCCUCGCCGCCCCAUCUCCUCCACGACCACAGCCACAGGCAGUCGUUGCCUUCCUUACUGCUGCCGCUGCUGCUCCCACCACCGGCUCAGGCGGAGGAAGCGGGAUGAAGGUGGCCGUCGUGUCCCGGAGCGGCCGGGAGGUCGUCAAGGGCGGCAUCGAGCUCAAGGACUCGGCCAAGGUCGCGGAUCUGCAGGAGGCCAUCCAUGCCAAGACUAAGAAGUAUUACCCUUCUAGGCAGCGGCUCACCCUGCCUCUACAACCUGGAAAAGGUGGAAAGCCAGUUGUCCUCAAUCCGAAGGCCAGCCUGUCAGAAUACUGUGAGAAGGGUUCCGGGUCACUGACAGUAGUCUUUAAAGAUUUAGGCACUCAGGUCUACUACAGCACGCUGUUCUUCUUUGAAUACUUGGGUCCUCUUAUUAUCUACCCCAUGUUCUAUUAUUUGCCUGUCUACAAAUACUUCGGAUACGAGGGAGAACGGGUCAUCCAUCCUGUCCAGACCUACGCCAUGUACUACUGGUGCUUCCACUACUUCAAGAGGAUCAUGGAGACAUUCUUUGUGCACCGUUUCAGCCACGCGACAUCACCUCUGUCAAAUGUCUUCAGGAACUGUGCCUACUACUGGACCUUUGGUGCUUACAUCGCUUACUACUGCAACCACCCACUCUACACCCCCGUGAGUGAUUUGCAGAUGAAGAUUGGGUUUGGCUUUGGGAUCCUCUGCCAAAUUGCAAACUUCUACUGCCAUAUCCUGCUGAGGAACCUCAGAAGCCCGAGCGGCAGUGGUGGUUACCAGAUCCCUCAUGGUUUCUUGUUCAACAUUGUGACAUGCGCGAACUACACCACUGAGAUCUACCAAUGGCUUGGGUUCAACAUUGCUACGCAGACUGUGGCAGGUUACGUCUUCCUCGCUGUGGCAGCAAGUAUCAUGACCAACUGGGCGCUAGGCAAGCACAGCCGUCUGAAGAAGCUGUUUGAUGGCAAGGGCGGGAGGCCUAAGUACCCUCGCCGCUGGGUGAUUCUCCCUCCAUUCCUGUGAGAGGCUGCAAUUGAGGGUUGGCCCGUUGAGAUUCCAUAUUUACUUCCUUCUCAGCAUUCAGAAGUUUGGUUCUUGAAUAUCAUGCAAGCGUCUGUACUAAUCAUGCCUUUGUACCAGUUUAGCUUUGAUUCCAUGAUCCAAAAUUUCUAAUCCGAAAGAUGGAUGUUAAACAUUUCUUUUGGUUUUCUGUCACAUCGCUCUGUGGUCCUGUCGCAACACGAAAGAAGGGUUUGCAGCUUGA